ACUCCCACGGUCACGUCACCCUCCCCGACCGCCGGCCCCACCUCCCCACAACUUCAGGCGCAACCGGAACGACUCGACGUCCGAAAACCUGACGUCCCCACGCCACCAGUGGGCGCCGUGUCACUCUCCCAAAUUGGCGUCAAGCCGAAAGCGAAACCGACCACUGCCUCGCAAAUCGAAUCGUCAGUAUCUGAAAAACCAGAGACAGAAGCACCUAAGAAAAAGGUGGUGAAGAAGGUAGUGAAGAAAGACGGCGCGUCUAGUGGCGAAGCGCCCGUGCCUCCUCCGCGUAAGAAAGAAAAGAAGCCUAAGGAUAAAUGAACACAUGCGCCACGCUUAAAGUUCCUCUGUGCCAUAUUGUAUACUUCCUUUACCUUUAUGUUACUGAUUAUCGCGUAUUUAAUUUGUAUAUCGUAACACUUUUGUAUGUUAGAUUAAUUUUAUCACUCGCAACUACACGUCCAAUUAUCGUUUUUUUUUU